AUGCAAGCCAUCGGAGGUGUGUACCAUUUCAACCUAACGUCAGCAUUGCAGUUAAAGAGCAUUGCCAUGCAGUCUGUCAAACUGGGACUCGAGCUGUGUCAGUUGCAUGCAUCGGGGUCUACCUUGAUGACUGAUGGCGGCAGUGCAUACCCAGGGGUUGCGUCGGACUUGGGCAUGGUGCACAUUUUGUGCACUAAUCACUUCGAGAAUGUCAUCCUCAAAGGUUGCACAGGUCUUGGUGCACUGGCAAAUUCAUUCAAGGCGGAUUGCACGUCGCUACUGUACACGACGAUGUCCGAAGUUGAGUUUCAAACUCGCUUUGAUGUGGCGGAAGCAAGUAUGGUGUAG